AUGGGCAGUGUAAACAGCCAAGAAGCCAAAACAACAAUCAAAGACUUCGAAGUAGUGAACAAGAUCGGCGACGGAGCUUACGGCAGCGUCUUCAAAGCCAAAGAAAAAAGAACCGGCGACACCGUCGCCAUCAAACGAGUCGACUUCGACAUCGGCGAAGACGAUGAAUAUUACAUCCCUCCGACUUCUCUUCGCGAGAUCAACAUCAUGUCAGCGUGUGACCACCCGAACAUCAUCGGUUACAGAACGUCCAUGAUCGACUCCGACAUCAAUGCCGUCUUCUUAGUCAUGGACCAUGCUGUCACGGAUCUCUGGACUCACUUGGAUGAGUCACAAGAGUGCUUGGACGAAAUCACAGUGAAGAAGCUCAUGUUGCAGUUGCUUAAUGGUGUAUCUUAUCUUCACUCUCAUAAGAUUGUCCACCGUGACUUGAAGCCGAAUAAUGUCCUCUUGACCGGUGGUGCCGGCGAGGAGUUGAAGCUCAAGAUAUGUGACUUCGGGCUUAGCAAGCGAUUUGAGUCUCGGUAUCAAGAAGAGAGCACUGAAUAUGAUUUGUUAUCUCAGACGGUGGCAAGUAGGUGGUACCGAGCGCCGGAGAUUUUACUGGAAGAGAAGAAGUAUACCGCGGCCAUUGAUGUUUGGUCGGUGGGAUGUAUUAUGGCGGAGAUGGUGAUGAAGGAAGCUUUAUUUGAUGGGAAUACAAUGAGUGAUCAGCUUAUAAUGAUUUCCUCCGUGUUGGGUUCGCCGGAGUUGGAGUCAUGGCAGGGGCUAAGGAUGAAAGUUCCGGCGACGAGGUUGUCGGAGCAAGGGUUUGAUUUGUUGUGGAAGUUGUUGGCUUUGAACCCGAAGAAGAGGAUUAGUGCAAAAGAUGCUCUGAAGCAUCCAUGGUUCAAAAACCAUUCAUCUUCUCAUUCUACUACUAGCAUGUUAAAAACUUGA